AUGCUGGUAGAACACAUAUUCCCUGGGGUUAAAAAGGCUUCCCUGUGUGUACCCAAUGACCCAUCUGGCAUUCAGAAGGCCACCAUGCCUGAACUCCAGAUCACCAGCAACAAUGAGGAGGCUGACAUCCAGGCAAAGAUGGCUGAGUGCAAGUGGUGCAAGGUGUUGAGGGAAGAGCCUGCCUGGCUGGAGUCAGAGAGGCUCAAGAGGGAGCAUCUGGAAGCAGAGCAACACAAAAAGGAGUGUGAGCUGCCUGAGGGGGUAGAGCCUGAGGUUGAGGAGGCUGGGGCAAAGUCUGGGAAGAAGCAAGUGCUGGAGGAUGCUACAUCACUGAGGGCUGGGGAGAAGAGGAAAGUCAUUCAAACCAGGUCUGGGGUGCCCAGUGAGUCAGAAGCUGGCUCCUCAGGAGCAGUAGUGCCUGCUACCAUCUCCUCUGACCCUCUGGUUGUGGUGGUGACCAAGGGUUUUGAGCUGAUUGCAGCUGCCAUUCAGACCACAGAGAUGUGA